UUCCUGCCCUAUGCAUAAAGCUUAGCCCAGAUGGAGCGACGAACGAAUGCGAUGCCGGACGCUCGAGGGAAGCUGGCCAUGUCCUGGCCAAAUGCCGCCAGUUGGAAGAGUAGCUGCACCAGUUACGUGACAUUUGGAGGCGUUUCGUCUCUUCGGAGGGCGUGAAACGGCCACACCAAAGGAGGAGGUCGAGGCGCGCGUCGGCCAGCGUGUGCUCCGACCAUGAGCCACGAUACUGUCCCGGAGCCGACAGCGAUCAAUAUGUUCGGGCAACGUCUCAGCCAUGUUUUCAGCGGCGGAGGCUUUCAUGCGAGCAGCACCCGCCUGCUCCAGCGAGCUAGCUCCAAACAACUGCUGUCGGUCGCGCCGUUUCCCCCUGAAAGGCCGAGUUUUUCAGCCAAGUCAUGGCGCAACUCGAUCGGGUUCGAGCCUCAGAGGAGAGCGUCAAACAAUAGCUCGACCCCUGCCAUUCGCAAUGGGGACAGCAUCAUGGCCCUGCGUGCGGUCGCCAAGCUGAAUCGCAACCUCAAGAUGUCGCACCUGACAAAGAAGACGCUUCAGAAGCUCGACAUCGAUCGCCACAACAAAGUGCUCGACCAAUACACGCUACGACAGCACAAAACGACGGCGAAUUCCGUCGUCACUCAGGAAUUUCCCCUCUUUGUCGUGAACCCAGCACUCACGUGGUACAAGAUCUGGCAAUUGUUUACGCUCAUGCUGAUCGUGUACCAAAGCUUCCAAAUCCCGUACGCGUUGGGGUUUGGCAGCAACAACGCCGGGUCGAAUCCGUUCCACGACUACGAAGGCAUCACAGUCAACUUAAUCUUCGGGACGGACUUUGUUCUGAACUGCAUCACGGCGAUUCCCGACCCAACGCGCCCCAACUACUACAUCACGCACCGCUUCUCGAUUCUGUGGCACUACCUCCGCGGCUGGUACGCCCAUCCUGAAUGGUUGCGUCACACCUUCGCCACUAGGCUGUUUUUGGACCUUGCCGCGUGCUUCCCCAUCGAUAUCGUCAUGUACAUGUCCGUGGGUGCCGGGAACGGAAUCAACAGCAGCCUCACGUUCCUCAGUCUCCUCAAAACGGUGCGCCUGCCCCGGCUGCUGAGGUUGGCGAGGCUCGUGCGAAUCCUCAAGAUCCUGCAAAUCCCACCCGAGUACAAGCGAUGGCUGCUCUACUCCCGCUACGCGCACCUCAUUCGUCUCAUCUCGACCAUUAUCGUGUUCUUCUUCACGAUUCAUCUGUGCGCGUGUGUGUGGAACGGGUCGGUUGCGUCCGAUCAGUGGAAAGACAUGUUUCCGUCCAUCGGAGACAACGACGCCAACGACUACGUGCUCAGUUACUUCUUUUGCCUCUCGACGUUCUUGGGCCAAACCAUGAACUUGCACACGCAGGACGAGGUGGUGUUUUCGAUCGUGCUCAUCUUUGCCGGCGCCCUGCUCAUGGCGGCCGUGUUUGGCGACGUUGCCGUCCUACUCGCCAACUUUCAUGAAAAAGAGAACGAGUACAAGAAGAAGAUGGAAUCGUUGUUUGCGUGCAUGAGCACGAUGAACCUCCCGAUGGACUUGCAAAACCGAAUCAAUGAGUUUUACCAGACCAUGUGGGAAACCCACGCAACGUUGGACGGCCAGCCCGCAACGCUGACGAGUGAAUUGUCGCGCAACUUGGCGCUUGAAGUCGAGUUGUUUCUCCGCAUGGAAAUGAUCAACCGCGUGCCGAUCUUUCGCACGUGCAGCAAACGGGUCGUUCAAGAGAUUGUGAUGAAGCUGUCGAUGGAAGUGUUCUUGCCCGGCGACUACGUCGUCGUCCGGGGGGACGUUGCGUUUGAAAUGUACUUUGUCCAGACCGGGAUCUGUGAAGUCACCAACGGCGGCCGCGACUCGUCGUCGAUGGCGGAUGUAUUGGUGCACGAGAGCGAGACCGUCCUGCGCUUGCUCCGGCAAGGCGACUUUUUUGGCGAAAUCGCGCUCCUCAUGCAGUGCAAGCGCACGGCGAACGUCCGCGCCAAGAUCUUUGCCGAGCUUUGUGUCUUGACCCGAGAUGUGUUUGAGUCGAUUUCGGAGCGGUAUGUCGAGGAUCGCGCGCGGAUGGAGAGGCACAUCACGGAAAAGUACGACCCCGCCGUGCUCCACCAAAUCGCCGAGCAAAAGAUGCGCCAGAAUGCUCCGAUCGAUCCGUCGGCACCCACGAAUGGAUUGGGGACUGUCAAGCCGAUGGUCGAUGCGAUCAUCGCGAUGGGCGACCGCAUGACCAAGCUCGAGGCCAAGUUUGCGCUCAUGGAAUCGCAUCAAGACGCUUUUCUCGCCGAGAUGCGCCACCUCAUGCGGCCAGCAACGAUGACGACAUCGCCACGACUGUCUACAAUCUGUCGGGAACCGGGCAGUCCACACCAGUACGACAACUCGUCCGAAGACGACGAAGUUGGAGCCGAGGUGUUGCCAGAAUAGAAACGUGUGCAAACUACUUAUGCCCACACAAAACUU